UGGUUCUGUAAGUUUUUCUAUUUGUAUUGUAUUAUUAAGGGAAUAAAUUUGAUUGAAGCAUUUGUUACUAGGUUUAGAUGUAAAAAAGGUUAUUAUCUAAUACUGAAAUACUUAUUCAAUCAUAUUACUUAGUAUAAUUAAGGCAAUUAGAUGUAAUGAAUGAGGAUCUGAUUGAAUUGAAAUGGAUUAGUAAAGAUUAUGUUUGUUAGAAAGUAAUUAUAAUAGAAUGGAAUAAAAAUUAAGAAAUUUUGGGUGUCUAAUAUUGUAAUCAACAGAUUAGAGAUUGUGAAUUGUGAA